AGCUUCUAGCUGCUGACACAAGCUCUGUUUGCUCAGCUGCUGUGAGGACACCCGUGCUGCCGAGUGCAGCAUUUCUGCAGAAUUGUGCUUGAGCCAGAAAAGUCUACAUAAGCUUGAAGAAGAGAGUGAAUGUUCUACAGCUUCAUCUCUUUCCUGAUUAUAAAUUUGAAAUCUGCAUUAACUCUUAGUGAACAUUGAGGACAUUCCUUUCUUCAGUCAAUCAACAUGAAUAUGAUUGUGGACACCUUCGUGUUUUUGGGAAAAUUUCUAUAUUACCUUUUAGAAUCUUUUGCUUACAAGAUAAUUCCCAAGAGAAAAAAGAAUGUUGCUGGAGAGAUAGUACUUAUAACAGGAGCUGGAGGUGGACUUGGGAGGCUCUUGGCCACACAUUUUGCUAGCCUUGGAGCCACUUUAGUUCUAUGGGACAUUAAUCAAGAAGGCAAUAUGGAAACGUGUAGACUGGCCAAGGAAGAGGGUGCCGUGGGAGUAUUUGCAUACACAUGUGACUGUAGCAACAGGCAAGAAGUCUACAGAGUUGCUGAUCAGGUCGGAAAAGAAGUUGGCGACGUGACCAUCCUCAUUAACAACGCUGGCGUCGUAUCGGCAAAGCUCCUCCUCGACACUCCGGAUCACAUGGUGGAGAGAUCCUUCCUUGUAAAUGCCAUCUCUCAUUUCUGGACUUACAAGGCCUUCCUUCCUGCCAUGAUUAAAGCUAACCAUGGUCACUUGGUCUGUAUUUCAAGUCUAGCAGGACUAGCUGGUAUUAGUAGACUAUCAGAUUAUUCUGCAAGUAAAUUUGCAGCCUUUGGCUUUGCUGAAUCUCUCUUUUUUGAAUUAAAUGCAUUAAAGAAAAGUGAAGUUAAAACCACCAUCGUGUGCCCAUAUUUCAUCAAAACUGGAAUGUUUGAGGGCUGUACAACCAAGUAUCCAUUUCUGUUACCAUUACUGGAGAAGGAGUAUGUGGCCAAAACCAUUGUAAAUGCUAUUUUAGAGGAACAAGUUUAUGUAUUAAUACCCAAAUUUUUAUAUUUCACAAUGAUUCUUAAACAAAUAAUAUCUCCAAAAAUGAUGAUUGCCCUUAGUGAGUACCUUGGAGCGGACACUUGCAUGGACUCUUUCAAAGGGAGAGAGCAAGAAAAUGAACUUCAGAUUGAAACCAAAAGAAAACACCAAUAAAUGAAGCCACAAAUGUGGUGAUCAAAGUGU